AUGAUGAUGGACGCGGCCUCCACGGGACCAGGAAGCGGAACUGCCCCUUCCUCGGCCAUCGUGUUUAUCCUGGGCUCCGAUGUGGUGGCCAAGGACUCCCUCCGCAUCGCCUUCACUCAACCUCUCACCUCCACCCGCAACCCUCUUCGAGAAGCCAACACCAAGUGCGAACGAUCGCUGGAGGUCGAUGGCCGCCGCUGGAACCUCCGAGUACACAAUGAAGGCCGUCGCUUCACAGAAGUGUCGCGCGAGCUGUUCAUCCGCAGUGCUGACGCCUUCGUGCUGGCCUUCAACGUGGGUGUGCGCUCCUCGUUCCUCGACCUCCACGCCAUCUGGGACGAACUGCACCGGCACGUGCACCCACUCACCCAGGCACCGCCACAUGGCAAUGUGUUCCCUAGCUCCCCACGUCGCCUGUCUGGCCUGGUACGGGGCGAGGAGAGGGUGCGGGCCAAGGCCCUGGUGGCCUUCCGUGCCGGGGAGCGCGGCGGUGAGGGUGGCGCAGGCGGGCGGGAGGAGGUGAGCCAGGACGAGAUGGAGGCCCUCGCGCGGGAGUGGGGCUGUCCGCUGUUCGAGUACUGCCCACGCUCGCCCCACCACCACCACCACCCGGACCCCGUGUUCAUCGACCUCCACUACCAGCACCAGCACCAGCAGUUCCGCCUCCUCCACAUCUUCAUCCACAUCGACGUCCACCGCCACCACCGCCGCGUCAUCAACGGCAGCGGCGGCGGCAGGGUCGGACCGCAAGAGCGGACGGUCCAAGUCACACAAGGGCCUCAAGAGCCUCAUCCGCUCCUCCAGUCCCUCCUCCUCCUCCAAAUCGCGCGAUGCCUCCUCUGCUCCCUCGUCUCCAUCGCCUCCCACACUAUCCUCCUCCUCCUCCUCCUCUUCGUCGUCGUCGUCGUCGUCGUCUACAACCACGUCCUCCUCAUCCUCCUCCUCGUCGUCGUCGUUGUCGUCCAUCGCAAGGAAGAGCGCGACCGGGUCGCUUCCUCCUCUGCUGAGGUCAAAUCGGUGUCGGUGCGGGAGACGCCGCCUCCGGCCCCGCUCUCCCCCGACCUGCUUCCGCCGCACCUGCAGGACGAUACGCCCCUUCUUUCGGAGAUGGGCAAGCUGCUGGCCAAGCUGGAGAUGCUGCAGUACGAGCAGAUAUUCGAGGAGCAGGCCAUCGACAUACCCACCCUCAAGCUCCUCUCCGACGAGGAUCUGGAGAAGAUCGGGGUGCGUGCGCUGGGCCAUCGGCGGAAGCUCAUGGCGGCCGUGCGGGAGCCCGAGGAGGGGCGCGCCGGAGGCUCCGGCUUGCUGCUGGGUCCCCUCCUGGGCGGGUCCCGCAGUGCGGCGGGGCAGCAGCUGCCCAGCCACGCCCGCUCGGGGGUGGCCAUGAUCGACCACGACGACCUCGUGCUGGGCGAAAAGCUCGGCUCCGGCUCCUUUGGCGCCGUCUACCGCGGCAUCCUGCGGGGCACCACCCAGGUCGCCGUCAAGCAGCUCAAGGACGUCGAUAACCAGGCCGCCCUCCUCGCCGAAGCCCGCCUCAUGGGACGCAUCUCGCCGCACUUCAACGUGGUGCGGUUCUACGGCGUGUCGCAGUGGGGCGACCUGCUCAACCUGGUGGUGGAGUACGUGCCCGACGGGUCGCUCGACGAGUACCUGCGGGAGCACAUCGACGAACUGCCCCUCAACGUGCUCAUCGACAUGUGCAAGAACGUGGCCUCUGGGAUGGAGCACCUGCACAAGCACAACAUCGUGCACCGGGACCUGGCGGCGCGCAACCUGCUGCUGGACAAGCGGCAGCACGGCAUGCACACGAUCAAGGUGUGCGACUUUGGGCUGUCGCGUGCACUCGAGGACACCUACUACCGCGCCACCCACUCCAAGAUGCCCGUCAAGUGGACCAGCCCGGAGGCCAUCCGCUACCGCAAGUUCACCUCCAAGAGCGACGUGUGGAGCUACGGCGUCACCAUCUGGGAGAUAUUCAGCUACGGGGAGAUUCCCUACAGCACCAUCUCCAACCAGGAGCUGCUCGACCACCUGGACAAGGGCUACCGCCUGCCCUGCCCCGCCGCCUGCCCCCGCAAGCUCUACCUCCUCAUGCUGCGGUGCAUGGACGAGGACCCGGAGCGGCGUCCGUCGUUCUACGAGAUCUACCGGGAGCUGCAGCUGUACCAGAAGGAGCUCAUGUCCAAGGUGCGCAUCCGGAACUACUACGAGGACAUGGACGGGCAGUACACGAGCGUCAUCUUCUUCGACAACCAGAUCCUCGCCGAACUGCAGAACGAGGCCGAUGGCGACACGGGGGGGCGCCACACCGAGAACGACGAGGGGCACGACGACGACGAGGAGGGCGAGGGCGAGAAGGAGAUCUCGUUCAGGCCCGCCCCGCUCCGCGCGUCCUUCUCCACGCCGGGCCUGCCCUCCGUCGAACCCUGCCCCCCGCGCCUCACCCGCAGCGUUGGCGUCAAGAAUCUGCUCAAGAGCCGAAGUUCGGACGACAAGGUGCCGAGCUCGCGCAUGAUCGAGUUCCCGGCGGGCCUCAAGAAGCAGCGUCCCAAGGCGCGCAGCUUCCCCGAGACCCCCAGCCACCUGGUCACCAAGAAGGCUGGGGCGGCACACCCCUCCUCCGCGUCUCCUCCCGCCUCCGACCAGCCCCACCACCACCACGACCACGACCACCACCACGGCGGCGACGACGACGGCGACGGCGACGCGGACUUCUACGGCGCGCUCAAGUUCACUCUCGAGACGCGAAUAGACUGCCGCAAGGUGCCGGCGUCGGACGACGAGCCCCUGGGCGGCAUCCAGUGCCUGCUGCGGGUGCACGAUCGGGUGUGGUGCGGCCACGCCAAGGGACACAUCUCCAUCUGGGACGCACGGAGUGGGAGCUUCCUGGCCAAGAUCCAGGGGUCGGUCAAGGAGAAGGAGAAGAUCUACAGCCUGCUGCUGGUCGAGGGCAAGGUGUGGAGCUGCUCCGACGAACGCUACAGCAAGUGCGUCAUUCGCAUCUGGGACGCACACGACCAGCAGCAGCAGCAGCCGCAGCCGUGA